AUGAGUUUGAAUAAUAAUAAUAUAGUAGAUUUAGUAAAAAAAAAGAAGGAAAUAAUUAAAGAGAAAAAAAAACAAAGUAAGUCUCAUAAUUCUAUAUCUACAAAAUCAAAUGAUAGUGAAAAUAAAAAUGAAUUGAAUAAAAAUACAUUAAUUAAUAAUUUUGUAACCUCACAAAAAUUAUUAAAAGAUUUACAAAAAAGAGACAACAUAUCGUUAGAUACAUCUUUAUAUCUUUUCAAUGUUGAGAUUGAUAAAAUUCAAAAAAUAACAAAAUGUGAUAAAUGGAAAAAUGUCCCAUAUAUUUAUCAAAAAUCAGCUACUGAAAUAUUAUUACGAAAAAAUGAAUAUAUAAAUGAAUUAAAUAAAAAAUAUAAAAAAAAUAUGGAUAAAAAAGUUAAUCAAAAUAAUGUAAUUACAAAAAGAUAUAGUAGUAAUGUAAGUACUCAACGAAAUUGUAAUAAAAAAGUUUCAUUACGAUCUCAAACUGUAGCCCAACCUGUUCAUAAACAUUUAGAAAAUUCUACUAAACAAAAAAGUGUGAGUAAUACUAGGGAAAAUAAUUAUUUAAAAAAAAAGAAUAAUGACGUUUUUGAUAAGUUAGGUAAAAAAGGUAGUCACACUAAUGCAACCAAUUUAAAAAAUAACAAUAAUAAUGCUCACUCAAACAUUGACAAAAACAUUGAUGAAAAUAUGAAUAAGCAUGGUAACUGUCUUUUUCGUUGUAGUGGAAAUUAUUCUGCCUCUCCAAAUAUUGUGACCCAAGAAAAGGACGAGAAAGAAAACAAAAUUAAAAAUAUAAAGAAUUAUAAAGGAAUGUUUUAUGAAAAUCCAAAAGGUUCAAAAAAAAAUGAUUACUAUUAUUAUGACAACAAUAAGUCGGGUUUGCGUCCUAGAGCUACUUCCGCUUUUGGCAGUGGUUUAGAAAAAGAACAAAUUGAAAAAAGAAUGGAAUCAAUUCAAAACAUAAAUGAACGUAACUCUAUUUGGUGUUCCUAUGCAUCUAAGGAUUUAAACAAUUCUUCCAAAGAUGAUGAAAAUAAUAGAAAUCAAAAAUAUAUUUCCAACUAUUUAUGUUAUAAUAAUGGUGAACAGGAUAAUGUUAUUCUAAAACCUGUUGAUCAAGAAGUCAAUGACGUACAAACAAAAUGGCCAGAAAUAAGCUGCUCUUAUUUUAAAGGAAACAAUUUUGAUGAAAAUCCAAAUGAAUGCGAAAAUAAAUCGAUCGGAAUCGAAUCAGGUGUGGGGGCAAAAAAAACGAUCCCUAAUUUCGAACGACACACUGUUUCAUCUUUUAUAAAAAAUUUAAGUGUACAAAAAGAAAUGUUAGAAAAAAAACAAAAAAAACAAGUUAAAGAAAAUUUGAAAAGAAUGCCUACUAGCCAAAUUGUAGAAAAUUCAAAAAAAACAUAUUCUUCAUAUGAUAAAACAACACAAGAUAAUUUGAAAAAUCUUGUAAAGUCUCAAAAAAAAAAUGAUAAAAAUAAAAUGAAGGAUGGUAGUUUUGAACAAGUAUGGAAUACAGUUUUAAAAAAACAAGAUACAUUAAAUAGUGUCAAAAAUAAAUCACCUAAUAAUAAAUAUGAUUUAUAUCAUAUAGCACCAUUUAAUGAUAAUUAUUCAUGGGUUAAAAAUUUAAGAAAUUAUAGUUCCCCUGCUAAAUUCAAAAAUGCUGAAAAACAAAAAGAGGAAAAAAAAAUUAGUUCCCCAAUGAAGGUAAAGAAAGUUAAAAAAAAUGAGAUUGAAGAAAAGGUUGCAACAAAGGGGAAGGAACAAAACAAAUUGGAAGCAGAUGUAGACCUGCCAAAUGAUUCCCUAAAUUGUGAAGAGAACCCUGUAGAGGAAGAGAACAAUCUUAAAAUUAAAGAAAGUAACUGUUUUUAUAAUAAUUACAUUUUUUGUGGUGGUGAAGAACCAAAUGAAAAUAGUGAAAUAGGACAAGAGAAUGAUAAUGAAGAGGUUGAUGAAGUAAAUAAACAUAAUAUGAAACAAUAUAUUAGUGUAAUUGAAAAUGUUAAAAAUAAUUUGAAGGAAGAAGAUAAAAAUCCGUUAGAAAAAUUUAAUGAAAGAAAAAGUAAUCAUAAUUUUGAAACAUAUGAAUAUGUAAAAAAUGAUGAAAAUGGAAAAAAUAAUAAAACUUUUGAAAUUUUAAUAACCCCUCAAAAAAAUAUAGACAACAAGAAUAAAAUGGCUACAUCUAAAUAUGCUAUUAAAAAUAGAGUGGUACCAACUCCUAAAAAAUCAAUGAGUAAUAUGUCUAAUAAUUUAUUUGGCUACCAAAAAUAUUUUCAACCCAAUUUAAAUGAAAAAAAAGUAAGCAAUAAAUAUUUUACACCAUCUUUUCAAAUUGUAUCUCCUUUAAAAAGUUCGAAUAAUAAUCAAACAAUGAGUUUUCAAAAAAGUAAUACAAAUAUAAAUGCUCAAAAUAGUUUAGAAACAAAUGCACCAAUUGAAAGCAAACUUAUGUGCAAUUCUUGUCAUACCUCCUCUAAUAUAAAAAAUGUUGAAUCCUUAAAUAGUUUUGAUGAACAGGCAGAUAAAAUAAUUUACAAUAAAAGUUUGACCACUUCAAAAGAAUUAAACACGCAGAGAAGUGGUAUAUCCAACUCUUCAAGAGGUUCUAAAAAAUGUAACGAAGAAAAUGUAAACAAAUCAAAUGGUAAUUUUAUGUUUUUUUGUAAAAACACAAAUGUAUUAGAAAACGAAAACAGUAUUAACAACGAAAUAUAUCAUGUUGAUUCUAUUAAUAAUAUAAAUUCAGAUGCAUAUGCAGAAUUGGAUCAAAAUUAUUCAUGCUAUAAAACCUUAUGUGUAUAUAAUAAAUUUUUGAAUAAGAAUAAUGAGCAUGAGCCAGUCAACACUUUAGAAGAAGCUAAAAAAAUAGAACAAAAUAUUUUAGAAAAAAAAAAAUCAGAACAUUUUUGUCUUAGCAAUGGACUAAAAUUAGUAACAAAGAAUUCAGAAGAAAAUAUUGGAAAACCUAUAACAGAUUCCAACAUAAAUUCUCAUUCCUUUUCCAUGGAUACAAAACAACAAAACGAGCAAGCCAUUGAAAAGAAUAUCUCGAUGAAUAGUAUUGAUAUGGUAAAUGAACAAAAUGGUGUAGGCUGUUUUAACAUUGGAUGUUCCUAUAAUUCAGCUAGCAAAUCAAAUAACGAGGUUGAAAUUAAAAAAGAAAUAUCAGAACCCAUAGAAAAUUAUAGAAUCAAUGAUACCAAUGUAGAUGCAAAAAUGGAAAUUGACAAAGAUGAUAAUAAUGGCGGAUGCUAUUUUAAUUUGUGUAAAAGUAAGGGAGUAAAUUCCCAAGAAUAUUUUAUGAAAUCUUUUGAAAAUUUAAAAAGUUUAGAUGCAGAAAAUUGUGAGAAACGUAAAACAGUUUCUAUAAUUGAUAAUAAUAAUAAUAAUAAUGAUAAAAUAUUCGAAUUUGAAAAUAAAAAUAUUUCAAAUGAUAGGAAACAAACAUAUUUACAAGAUUCAAAUGAUGAAGAUAUAAAUUUAUUAAAAAGAAAAGAAACAUAUAAUCAUGCAGAUACAAUAGUAGAACGAAAACAGACAUACAAUUUAAAUUCUAUGGAUAAUAAAAAUGAAAAUAAUUUAAAUAAAAAAAUGAGUCAAGAAUAUGUAUAUAUAAAUAAAGUUCCCUCUUCUCAUAAUUAUGAAGUUAAAGGAAUGAAAGAAAGUAUUAUGAAUAGUAAAAGAGCAACUACAUAUAGUUUUCCUGUUUUAAAAGAAAAUUCAAAGAAUGAAGAAGUUAAUAGCAAUUUGGUUGAUGAUUUUGUUUUUAUAAAAAAUAAGAUUGCUAUACCUAAAUUAAAAUUAGACCAAAUGAAAAAUAAAAAUAGUCAUCAUUUUGAUAUUCCAAAUUAUGAAAUUAAAAAUAUUGGAUAUCCUUCAGUAGUACAAUGUAAUAAGGUUCGUCUAAUUCCUUUCAUACCACCAACUGAUAAUAAUACAAAUUUUAAUAGUAUGGCUAGUUUUUCUAAAAACAAACACCCAGAAUUAUUGAAAAUAGAAAGUAACUAUUUAUCUAGUUUAAAUCCUCAUAAAGUUAAUCGUAGUCAUACAUUUAGUAAUAAUAAAAUUAAUGAAAUAAUUGUCAAAAAUAAUAAUAUGUUAUCUUCCAAUCCUAAAAAGUUAAGUACAACAUCUUCAUGUUCAAGAUCUCAUACAUUUAAUUUAAAUCAAAGAAUGUCAAAUAAUAAUAUAGCUACAAAUUUAACUAGCGAAAAAUGUGGAAAUCAUUCCAAUGCCUUUUGUUCAGAAUCGAUCAUAAGUAAUGUAUUUCCUGUUUUUAGAAAAACUGUAAGCAAAUCGAAUAUAAAAUAUGGUAGUAAAUCAAAAUUACAUGAAUAUCAAUCUAAAACCUCAUUUCAAAAUUUAAAAAAUAAUAAUGUGAUUCCCAAUUUUUCUAGUGAAAAUAUUAAUUCUCAAUCGGUUGAAUUGAAAAUAAAUGAUUCUAUUAAUUGCAUGAACCCAUGCAUCUGUCAAAAUGUACCCAAAAGUGAAUUGACAAAUGAUAGCCAUUUAGAUUCAGGAUACAUAAACAUAGAAUCACAUAAUCUUAUAGCUAAUUCUAAAUGUGACAAACAAAAUAAAAGCUUUGAAGAUGUAAGUAAAAAGAUGGAAGAGAAAAAAAAUAGUACCCCCAAAAAACAAUCAUAUAAAGAUAUGAUUUUGAGUUUUUUUGGAAUCAAAAAAAAAGAUGACACUCCUAAUAAUUGUCAAAACAAUGGAAAUAUGAACGUGCCCAAAUUGUAUAAUACAAAAAGUUUAGGAAGAGUAGACUCAUUUCAUAGGAUUUCUAAAAAUAGUUCAAAUAAAAAUUCAAACGAUCUAAUGACAAAACAAUCAACCUAUUCUUUUCCACAAAAAUCUUUUACUCGAAACAAUAUGAAUAAGCAGAUUAUAAACAAAACUGAAAUUCAAGGCCCAUCUUCAAUACAUAAUAAUAAUUCAAACCUUCCUACUAAUAAAAUAAAUUCGACGUUCGUUUUUUCAAACUAUGUAAAUAAUGCCCCUAUGAGCAUAAAUACUAAAACAAAUGCAAAUACAAAAACACAUAGUUUGUCUUUUUUUGAAUUAAAAAAUAACAAACCCUCCUGUACAUUUGAAUCAAUGAGCAAAGUUAAUUCAAACUCGAUUAAUAAUAGCAAUUUUUUAUGUAAAAAUUUGAAUAAACACAAUGAUAAAAUAGUUUCUAAAAUUGAAAACAAUAAUAUCAUAUCUAGUAUUCCAAAAGUUUCCUCUGAUUUAGCAACUCCUCUUAAUAUGAAUUGUUCAGAAAAAAUAUCUACAAUUGGAUCGAAUAAAUCUGAAUUAAACAAAUCUAUUUUUAAUGAAAAUAUGAACAAUUUUAAAACUUAUAAUAAUUGUUUAAAAGAAGUAGGAAAUAUAAAAAACGAAAAUUCAAAUUCAAUACAUAUUAAAGAAAGCCCGUUGAUUGAAUCUCCAUUUAAAGAUAUACUCUCUUCAGAAAGGAUUCUCCAAAAUAGCUUUAAAAAUAAUCUUCCAAAUAAACCUAUCUCUAUUCCAAAUAUAGAUAUACAUAAAUUUUUUGGAAAUAGAACCACAGAAUCAAAUCUAGUAGAUGCACAAAAUGGUAACAUAGAUGUAAAGUCUAAUAUUACAGAAAAUAAAAGCAUAAAUAAUGAAAAUUUAGAAAUAAAAAAACAAAAUAUAGAUACAUCUUCUAAUUUUAAGGAAGACACAAAUAACAAAUGCUAUAAUACUUAUCAUCAAAAAAAUUUUCAAAUUAUUCCAUUUGAUAAAUCGGAUAAAAAAAUAAUUGUAAAAGAAGUAGAACCCGAAAAUAAACAACCCCUUAAUCAUAAUUAUACGAAUCUAUUUAUAUCUAAGAGUACAAUAGAUAUUUUAAAUAAAAAAAUUAAUAAUGUUAUUUAUAAUCCACAUUCUAUAAAUAUGAAAUUUAAUCCAUACGAUAAUAUGAAUCAACAAAAUACAGAUCUAAAUAAUGUUAUUCUUAAACCAAAUAUUUCUAUGGAUUCUAAAAAUUCGACAACAUCUACAUUACAACAACAUAUCCAUUUAUCUAACAUAAAUCAAGGACAUUCAUAUCAGACGAAUAAUACCCAAAACGAGAUUCCAAAAAAAGAUGAACCCCUUCCAAUCGUUCCUGUUCUCUCCAAUGAAAACAAAGUGAUGCAAGAGGGAGAAGAAGAAGUAGAUGCAAAUAGCGAAAUAGAUGCAGAAAAGGAAGAGGAAAAUGAAGAGGAAAAAGAAGAAGAAGAAGAAGAAGAAGAAGAAGAGGAGGAGGAAGAUGAUGACGAAAAUGAAGAUGAGGAAGGAGAAGAUGACGAUGAGAAUGAUGAAGAAGAAGGAGGAGAUGGUGACGAAAAUGGGGAAGAAGAAGGAGAAGAGGAGGAUGACGAUUACCAGGAAGAAGAUGAAGAUGGGGACGAAGAAGAGAAAGAUGACGAUUACGAAGGAGACGAAGAUGAUGGAGAGGAUUACGAAGAAGAGGGAGAUGGAGAUGAUUACGAGGAAGAAGGAGGAGAAGAAGGUGAUGAUUAUGAGGAAGAUUAUGAAGAGGGAGAUGAAGGUGAGGAUUACGAGGAGGAAGAAGAUGGCGAGGAUUACGAAGAAGCCGAGGAAUAUGAAGAAGAAGGAGAAGACGAGGAAUAUGAGGAGGAAUAUGAAGAUGGAGAAGAAGAUGAGGAAUAUGAGGAGGAAUAUGAAGAGGGAGAAGAAGUUGAAGAAUAUGAGGAGGAAGAUAAAGAUGAGGAAUAUGAAGAGGAAAGCGACACCCAUUUGUUAUCCCCACCCUCAGUGUCUAAUGAAGAUAUAGACAAAAGUAAAGAUGAUGAGUAUAAUCCUGAGAAAUAUAUGAAAAAGUUUUCACAUUUUAACAGUUUGAGUGUUAAAAAUGAUAAAUAUAAAAAAAUGGAAUCAUCAAAUGAUAUAUUUGUUUUAUCUCCAAGCAAUUUAAGUAAUAUUCCGAAUAAGAAUAUAUUAAGUGUAUACCCUCCAAGUACUUCUUCAAGUUUUAAUAUAAAUAUGUUUGAAAAAAAAAGAAACAGCAUUAGUGCAUUGAUAUCAAAGAGUAUGAAUAGUAACGAAGAAAGGAAUGAAGGAAUAUAUAAAAAUCGUGAAAAUAUUUAUGGUGAGCAAGAUAAAAAAAUUCCAAUGACUAUUUUAAGAAAUGAUAGAGAUUCAACAUUUAGUAAUAAUAAUAAUUCGUAUAAAUUUUUUGAUGAAAUUGCAAAACAAGUAGAAUAUGAAAAAAAAAAUAAUGAACAACUAAAAAAAAAAUUAAAAGAACAGAUAAAUAUGCAAAGAAGUUUAUCCAAACUUAGAGAACAACAAUAUGCACAACUUCAAUUCCUUAAGCAUAAAGAUGUGUAUAAUAUGAAUGGAAAUAUGUAUGCUUAA